AUGGGCCAACCCAUCAAGCUCGGCAUUCCGAAUGUCCCGGAAGACGAACGAGCUCCUGCACAGAACCCACAACCCGCCAACGACCAGAGCCAACAACAAACGGAGCAAGCCACUGGCGCCGGUGUGAACACGGGAGCAGGCUCAACCCGCCCAAAGACGGAAGCCGAGCUUGAGGCUGACCGGCUUUAUGAGGAAGCAAUGGAAGAAGAGUACGCCAAGAGAGACGGUGGCUCAUAA